UGGAGUCCGGUGCACGAUAUAACUCACCGUAUAUCUAUCUACGCAAAAGGGAGGAGGAGACAAACAGCGGUAUUACCCGCGCGUGAGAGUGGUACAGCUGAGACUCCCACGCACACGCAAGCCACGCACACAAACACGAGCAUCGCCGUAAAUGUGUAUGCGAUCGUAGGACAACCGAGGAAAACACAACGGCCGUCAGUUAUGAUUAUGGAAGGACUGGACACACUAUCGAAGGUACGACUCGACCACCACCGCCACAUCAACCUGCUCACGGUGAAUCUGGAUUCGUACAAGAACGGACCGCUGUCGACGCCGACGUUUACGGCGAUCACGCCGACGUUGGUCGACGACGAACUCGCGACGCCCAUCACAUCGGGCACGGGCGCCAGCGCGUCGGCGUUCCAAUUCAACACACCCGUGUUGACAACGUCGGCAUCGUCGUUGUCGUCGUCGACGGCAUCGUCGGGGUCGGCAGUCAGUUCUACGGCAGUCACCACACCCAUAAUCGCCAAUAUUGAAGCAGCGAUCACCAUCCCCGUGACAGUUUCGAUGAACCAAGGUAAUGCAUCGGGCAGCAAAGAAAGCACGACAGCCAAAAUCAGUUACAAGGGAACCUUCACAACAACCACGUCGCCGGCGUCAGCCACCGGCUCCCUGAGCACGUUCCUCUUCCCGGAUAAGAGCUUUCUCAACCCACUGCUGAAUUUUCUUUCGCAAGGCACCGCUGCCCAGGUGACGCAGCAGCCGGCAGGUGGCACCAUCAGUAUGACCCAAGGACCGGUGCCGUCGCCGCAGCAGAGCGAACAACAACAACAACAACAACAACAACAACAACAGCCGCCGCAUCACCAGACGCCGACACCGAGCGAGUUCUCGCCGGCCAGUAGUCAUGACUACCAGAUAGGCAUGGAGACGGGGAGCAACGUCAGCACGGAUUCGACGUCGCAGAGCCGACCGGCGAGCUUCGCACAGCACUACACGAGCUGCCAGGACAUGGGCAGCCUCACGAACACCGUCUACACGCAACCGGCGGCCGUCUUCACCGACAGCACGUUCAUCAGCUUCCCUCUGAAGCAGCCACCUUCGUACAGCAGCUGCGCGGCGGCCGCCGCCGCCGGCAGCAGCAACAGCAGCAGCCAGAUAGAUCUGCAGACGGCGCUGGCUGGUGCCAACCUUCAGGCGUCCGACGCGAUCGCACCCGAACUGAGCAUCAGUGGAGAAACGUUCACUACCAGCAGCAGCGGUGCUACACCUACAAAAUACCAGUGGCCUAUCAUAACGAGCCCUUCCGGGUCGGCCACGCACUUAACUGCUAGUCUGCUGCCGGACUUUGCCGGCACGUUGCAAAUGUCUCAGAUCGCCAUUCCGCGCGUGCCGAAAACGGAGCCCGUCGACUGUCUGUUCAUCCAGACGAGCGAGUACAACGCCGACACCAGUAAGGGGCACGAGAUUCUAAGUCAGGCUUACCAGAACAGUCCCGGCCCGAUGAAACUGCUGCCGGUGAAACCGCGUAAGUACCCGAACCGACCGAGCAAGACGCCCGUGCACGAGCGACCGUACGCGUGCCCCGUCGAGCUGUGCGAUCGGAGAUUCUCUCGGAGCGACGAACUGACGCGACAUAUCCGCAUACACACGGGCCAGAAGCCGUUCCAGUGUCGCAUCUGCAUGCGCUCGUUCUCGCGCAGCGACCAUCUGACAACUCACGUUCGCACGCACACCGGGGAGAAGCCGUUCAGCUGUGAUAUCUGUGGACGCAAGUUUGCCCGCUCGGACGAGAAGAAGCGACACGCCAAGGUGCAUCUGAAGCAGAAGAUCAAGAAGGAGCACAAGGUGGCGGGUCCGGCGAGCGCCGCCGCCGCCGUCGCCACCGCAUCAAGUUCUCAGGAAGUUCAACACCUUCAACAACAACAACAACAACAACAACAACAACAACAACAACAACAACAACAACAACAACAACAACAGCAGCAACAGCAGUCAAUACAGCAGCAACUAUUGCCUGGCAUGCUCAGUCCCGACUCGACCACCAUCUCCCAUCCAAUCAUUAUCCCCAUCACCACGUCUUCGUAACUAUACGUAGCCAGCCAAGCCACAUGUGUGUUAUAACUCCCUAUACGGUAUUUAUUGUAGCGUAGAUGUUUUAUUGAGAGUCCGUACGUACUACGUAUACGUACGUUUACACGUUUUGUUUUGUUGUCUUCGAAGAAGGGUCGACAGCACGCUAUCGCAAUGAUCUUGACGCGUGGGUAUCAUUUCAAUUUUGCUUACAGGCCUCCCCCCCCUCCCCUCUCGUCUUGCGCGGGAUAAUAGUGAUAAGUGUCGAGUCAUUGUCACGUGAUCGAGUACGCGAUCCCUCGUGGAAAAAGGAGGGGGCGUGGUUACAGUCACUCAUCUGUCAAUCCCAUUAACUACUAUUAAGCUGUUCGAACCUAACCCGAGUGAUUUCCAUGCAGAUUUUAUUAAUAUUGAUUGCCGUACGUGCGCGCGCGCGCGAGAGAGAGAGAGAGAGAGAGAGAGAGGAGGGAGGGAGAGAGAGAA